AUGGUUGAGAGAUGGAGACCAGAAACUCACAUGUUUCAUCUUCCAGUAGGUGAGUACACAAUAACUUUGGAAGAUGUAUACUACAUUUUAGGAUUAAAUGUUUCUGGUUUUCCUGUUAGCGGUUCAAAUUUUGUGCAUGUUAAAGAAGUUUGUCAAGAUUACUUAAGAGUUAUCCCAUCUGAGAGAGCAACAAAAGAUAAUUCUAUAAAACUAAAGUGGCUCAAGGAUAUGUUUCACGAUGUUGGUGAAGAUGCAUCUGUAUUAGAAAAACAAGUAUCAUGUCGAGCAUAUAUCUUACGUAUGAUCAGAGGGUUAUUAAUGUAUGACAAAUCCAACGAUCGUGUACAUUUAAAAUAUCUUUCACUAUUAGGAGAUUUAAAUAAAGCAUCUCAAUAUAGUUGUGGUUCAAUGCUUUGA